ACGUGACCCCAGCUGGGCCAAUGAACGGCGGCGGGAGGUGAAAUCCGGUUCUAACCGGUCCGGGGCUCCCAGCGCUAUAAAAACUUUAUAAACCCCCCGGAGCCCAAGCAGUGUGAGGAAGAGGAGACGGGAGCGACCCCCGGACCGGCCGCUGCCGCCGCUGCAACCCGCGCCCAGACUCCACUGCUGCCUCUGCUCCCGCCCCUCCACCGUCACCACCAUGCCCAAGAGAAAGGCUGAAGGAGAUGCUAAGGGAGACAAGACCAAGGUUAAGGACGAACCACAGAGGAGAUCUGCGCGGUUAUCUGCUAAACCUGCCCCUCCGAAGCCAGAACCCAAACCUAAAAAGGCCCCUGCAAAGAAGGGAGAGAAGUUACCCAAAGGGAAAAAGGGAAAGGCUGACUCCGGUAAGGAUGGGAACAACCCUGCAGAGAAUGGAGAUGCCAAAACAGACCAGGCACAGAAAGCUGAAGGUGCUGGAGAUGCCAAGUGAAUUGUGUGAAUUUUUGAUAACUGUGUACUUCUGGUGACUGUACAGUUUGAAAUACUAUUUUUUAUCAAGUUUUAUAAAAAUGCAGAAUUUUGUUUUACUUUUUUUUUUUUUUUUUUUAAAGCUAUGUUGUUAGCACACAGAACGCUUUGUUGUUUUGGGGGGGAUGGGGCAGAUGUUACAGAUAGGAUAUCUCAGAAGCUGGGUUGAAAUAGGAGGGGAUUUCUUCCCCUCCUAGUUUUUGAGAAGACUUCUCUUGGAUGCCAAGAGAAGGUUCCCUGACACUCUCUUUUUCUGUCUCUCUCAGACACACACACACACACAGAUUCAUAGAUGUGAACACUGAUACCCUCAGCCUGUCUAGUGAGGGUAGGAGUGGAUAACUUCAAAAAUUUGUACUUCUUCCCUGUCUGCCAUAAGCAUCAACUUGACUCCUCCAAACCCAGGGGCCUAUCAGGACCUGCCCCUAUUUCCCUCUUUGCUUCCACCCCCAAAUCAAUUGUGUUGGAUACCAAUUUUUCAGGUAAUCUGAACUUGAAUUAUGGCCCUAAGGAGGCCUCCCCCAAAAAGCCGCAGCUCCUUUCAUAUUGGGGAUCUUUUCUAAUUAAGAAUUCUGCAGUUUUCAUUUCCUCAAAAGUCAGGGUAGGCUCGUGAAAAGUUGUUAAACAACAUAAGCUCAAUGUGAAAAGUGUCCACCCUCACUCUAAACUUUUCCCUGUUAAGGUAUAAAAUAAAGACUCUUCAUUGGGUUUUAUAGUGACUUUAUGUUUUUGGUAGUCCACGGAGGAGGGGAGUUUGAAAGUUGUUGUAUAAUGUUGCCGAUCGUAGCCCAUGUCCUGCCUGAAUUACCAUGAUUGUUUAUGAAAAGUAUCUUUAAUAAAGCUGGAUACAGUUUGGCUUGGA